AUGUGCCGAUUCAUGUCUGACGCCCCCGGCGCCGUCAAUACCCAAGGUCGAGUCGUGCUCCCGGACAAUGUCAUUCCCAAGCACUACGACGUCACUCUUGAAGUCGAUUUCGACAAGUUCACGUUCGAAGGCACCGUGGUCAUUGACCUGGACGUUGCAAAGGACAGCAGUUCCAUCGCAUUGAAUACGUUGGAGCUGGAUAUCCACACAACCACUGUCCACGCCGAUGGCACCCUGGUGACGUCUUCUCCUACCCUCUCUUACGAUGCCGACACACAAACAACGACAGUCGAGCUGGGCAAGUCGAUCACAAAGGGUCAGAAGGUUCAACUCAAGCAUACAUACACUGGACAGUUGAACGAUAAGAUGGCGGGCUUCUACCGAUCCAAGAGGAGGGACGGGCAGUACCUUGCCGUCACGCAGUUUGAAGCCACCGAUGCUCGACGCGCGUUGCCUUGCUUCGACGAGCCCGCCUUGAAGGCCGAGUUCACGGUCACUCUGAUCGCCGAUGAGGACAAGACCUGUUUGUCCAACAUGGACGUGGCUUCUACCAAAGUUGUGGACUCCAAGAUCACAGGUGGAAAGAGGAAGGCAGUGACAUUCAGCCGUUCUCCGCGCAUGUCGACCUACCUACUGGCGUUCAUCAUAGCAGAGCUGAAGUCUAUCUCCACGGACAAAUUUAGAUUACCUAUCAAAGUAUGGAUGACCCCCGAACAGAACGAGGAGGACGGAAAGUUUGCCCUUGAUGUCGCCGCAAAGACUCUUGCAUUCUACGAAAAGGCGUUCCAGGCACCGUAUCCUUUGCCAAAGAUGGACAUGGUGGCCAUUCCGGAUUUCGCGGCCGGUGCCAUGGAGAAUUGGGGCCUUGUUACCUACCGCGUGGUGGAUCUUCUUUUUGAUCAGAAGUCGGCCGGCGCGGCCACCAAGGAACGGGUGGCGGAGGUUGUGCAGCACGAGCUGGCUCACCAAUGGUUCGGUAACCUGGUGACCAUGGAUUUCUGGGACGGACUGUGGCUGAACGAAGGAUUUGCCACCUGGAUGAGUUGGUACAGCUGCAAUGAAUUUUACCCGGAGUGGAAAGUCUGGCAGACCUUUGUCAUCGACACUCUGCAGGGAGCCCUGGGCUUGGAUGGUCUCCGAAGCUCCCACCCAAUCGAGGUGCCGGUCCAUCGUGCAGAGGACAUCAACCAAAUCUUCGACGCAAUAUCCUAUUCGAAGGGCUCGGCUGUCUUGAGGAUGAUUUCGAAGUAUCUUGGUGAAGACACCUUCAUUGACGGAAUCAGAAGGUACAUCAAGAAACACGCGUGGGGCAAUACGAAGACUAGUGAUUUGUGGGCUGCCCUGGGAGAUGCCAGCGGGAAGGACGUCGCACACGUCAUGGACAUCUGGACCAAGAACAUUGGGUACCCGGUAGUGACAGUCACUGAAAACGAGAAGGAGUCCACGAUCACCGUCAAGCAGAACCGAUUCUUGCGGACGGGUGAUGUCAAGCCUGAAGAGGAUCAGGUUCUCUACCCUGUGAUGCUCGGUCUUAAAACCAAGGAAGGCGUCGAUGAGAGUCUGUUGCUUACUGAGCGGGAACAGACGUACAAGAUCAGGGGUGGCUUGGAGUUCUACAAGUUGAACACCGACCAUUCCGCAUUCUACCGGACAAGCUACACCCCGGAUCGCUUGACGAAGCUUGGAGAAGCGGCUCAAAAGGGACUGCUAUCCGUGGAAGACCGAGCUGGCAUGAUUGCCGACGCCGGUGCUCUGGCAGCAAGUGGUUAUGGCAGGACGUCCGGCAUCCUUAGCCUCCUGCAGUCGUUCAACACCGAGGCCAACUUUGUGGUGUGGAAUGAAAUCCUUACACGGAUCAACGCCGUCCGCAACACGUGGAUCUUCGAGGACGACUCCGUCAAGGAUGCUCUCAAAGCCUUCCAGUUGCAUCUGUGCUCGACAAAGGCGCAUGAACUGGGUUGGGAAUUCUCCGAGAAUGAAGAUCAUAUUCUCAGCCAGUUUAAGAGUCUGAUGUUCGGUUCUGCGGGCCUUGCUGGGGAUCAGAAGAUACAAGCGGCAGCGAAGGAAAUGUUCGGCAAAUUCUUGAAGGGAGACUACAAUGCCAUUCACCCGAAUCUACGGGCGUCAGUCUUCGCCAUGGUCCUGCGCGAUGGGGGCGUGAAAGAAUGGGAAGCGGUGCUGGCCCGCUAUCAUUCGGCGCCGACGGCGGACGAAAGGAACACUUGUCUGCGCAGCUUAGGUCGCGCCAGGAGCCCCGAGCUGAUCAAGAAGACGUUGGAUCUGGCUCUGAGUGGAGAGGUCAAGAUGCAAGACAUCUACAUGCCGAUCGGUGGGCUCGGAACAACGGCGGAGGGCAUUGAGAAACGUUGGGAAUGGAUGUGCAAGAACUGGGAUACGUUGGUGGAGAAGCUGCCGCCCAGCAUGACCAUGCUCAGCAGCGUGGUCAGCAUCUGCGUGGCAGGAUUCACGAAGGCAGACCAAAUGAGUAAGGUCGAGCAGUUUUUCCAGGACAAGGACAAGAAGGGCUUUGACCGCAGUCUCCAGCAAAGCCUCGACAGCAUCAAGGCCAAGUCCAAUUGGCUGGCACGGGAUGGGGAUGAUGUGCUAGGAUGGCUCAAGGAGAAUGGAUAUCUGGAAAAGGGGCGGUUGUAG